AUGGACCCGGUGCAGAAGGCAGUGAUCAACCACACCUUUGGCGUUCCUCUGGUCAAGACGAAGCGGCCGAUCAUCUCCUGCAACGUUUGCCAGAUCCGCUUCAACUCAGCGAACCAGGCAGAGGCCCAUUACAAGGGAAACCGCCACGCUAGGAGAGUUAAAGGCAUUGAGACCUCCAAGAGUCGUCCUCAGGAGGGGGACAAGCCACAUACCAUACCCCCCACCUCAUCCCCAUCACCACCCGGUGCUCCUGGCACAGUGCCAGACUGUGAGCUUGGCACAGCAGAUGAAACUCAGCCUCUGUCGCAGUUAAACGAGCCCCUGUUAGCUCCGGGGUCACUUCCCUCACUACCAACAUCACCCACCCCACCCAUGGACUCUUCCGUCCCCUCAGCGUGCCCUCUCCUUCCUACUCCACCCCUGGUCCCCUUGACCUCCUCCUCCCCAGGUUGUGGCAGCACCACCGGCUCAGAGCAGCCCGGAUCUGGACCGCAGCUUUCAGGGGACGCCGGCGCCUCGGCCUCCAGCAGCCCGUCCCACCCAGAAAUGGAGGAGGACAAGGCAAAGAAGCUGCUGUACUGCUCCCUGUGCAAGGUGGCUGUUAACUCCCUGUCACAGCUAGAGGCCCACAACAAAGGUACUAAACACAAAACUAUUCUUGAGGCACGGAGCGGGCUGGGCCCCAUCAAGUCAUACCCUCGUUUGGGCCUAAAGACUAAUGGAGAGCAGGGAGGGGGCCCAGUGGACCCCGACACUCAGGAACGAACCUUCCACUGUGAGAUCUGCAACGUGCGGGUCAACACAGAAAUGCAACUCAAACAGCACAUAUCAAGUCGAAGACAUCGGGACGGCAUGGCAGGAAAGCCGAACCCCCUCCUUAACCGACACAAGAAGCACAGGGGAGCUGAUCUGACGCCUUCUCUGACCUUCUCCAAGAACCUCACCAAAGCUCUGGGUGCAGGGCUCUUGCCCAGCCCGUUGGCUGUUGCAGCAGCGAUGGCGGCCGCAGCGUCCUCGAACCCGCUGGCUCUGCGCGCAGCAGCUCCCGCGCCUCACCCGCACCCGCACCACCUCUUGCAAGGCCCGCCUCUCAGCCACGCCAUCCUGAGACCUGCUCCUGGGCCAAUCCGCACUGCCCACGGGCCAAUCCUCUUCGCUCCUUACUGACGCAUCGUCUUGUGACGGCAGCCAGUCAGGAAGCAUCCACUCCAAAAAGCACACUGUGAAGCUACAAAUCAGCGAGGAGCAACUGAUGAGUGGGGAAAAAAAUCCAAUCAUUUCAACAUCGGAUUGAUAGAAUAGCAGAGGAAAGGAACGGCGAAAUGGAGCACUAUCUCCUUGAUUCCCUUUACCUGAGACUCUCCAUUCACUCGACCUUCGGUUUGGAAAGACUUGACGGAUCAGUAGAUGGAAUUGGAGAAGAGAAAUUCAUUAUGCAUUGAACUCUUGUACAUUUUUCAUCUCUCCCGGUUCCUCCCUUGCACUUUGGUCAUAAAGUGGCCACCUCGGUAUACAGAAAAAAAGAACACAUGCAGAUCUUUAUAGAAACUUUAAACCAUGUUACAUUAUUAUUAUGGGGGAGGGGUUCCCCUGUUGUCACGGCUCAACGUGUUCUCAUCCUAUGCACCUAAAAAAAUUUAAUAAAAUACAAAAACAAGACAACAAAGUUAUGUCUGUAGGGUAGCUGCUUCCAUUGGU